GAGAGAGAGUGAGAGAGAUAUCAUUUGGAGACGUUGGUACAGUGUGCACUGUUCACUUGGUUUUGGGGAGUGAAUCAAACAGCCAUGGUGAUAAAAGUCUUCAUAGCGUCAUCCUCUGGAUCGACAGCGGUAAGAAACCUCGAGUAUUGCGUAAGCUUUGUAGCCUAUUGACCGUUUAUGUUCAUUUUCUUGGCGAAUUCAAAUGACAUGUAUUUGCAUGAUUAGGUAGGUGUGGUGGGCUCAUACGAGUGAGCAAUUGCUCUGUUGUAGCUACGCAGAUACUAUCAUGUGUAUUAGGCUCUAUCGAGUAUUGAAUGAGCAUCGACAUAAACUUGUUUUGAAAGUUCUGCAAGUUGUGCAUGGGAUGUCCCAAGCAAUAGAGUAGAAGCUGGGACUGACAGCUGCACAAAUACACUAGAUUCUAAAGGCUUCUCAGCAUGACAAUGCAUAUUGUAAUGGCCCUAAAACAAGUAGGACCUGCCAUUUGGGCAGAUAUUGAUUUGUCAUAUGACUAUUAUUGUAUUAAUUUGUAUAGUGUUAAUAUAGUAUUAGCACAAUACUAUGAUUGUAUUGUAUCUAAAAUGCAUUUACAACACAGUAUAAUAAAAAAGAGGUUACAUAGUCACGUAUUUGUUGUCUAUAGGAAUAGCAGUCUCUUACUACUGCUCAAACCCAUCUGUGUUGGAGUAUUUUUAUGAGUGAGCAUGCAGACAAGAAUGUUUAGGUGAAGCACUUGGUGAAACAUCUCAGAUUUUUUCAAGCAACUGUUUUUGUCCAAGUGGUGAGGGUGAGGGGUCAGGCUUAACUAGACUCUCCCAGCAGAUGUUGACUCCCUCACCACCACCUUCCUCCAUUUUCCUGUCCCACCACUCCUUCCCUACAUACUGUAAAACAACACGCCUAGCCUAUAGGACCGUUGCCAGUGGUGUUCUGGGCCAGAACAGCUGGACAGGAUCAGUCUUUGGACAUCUGAGCUUCAUACCUCACCCAAUUACAGUACAUCACCCUCUAAAGAAUCAGUCAAAAAGCACAACGGCUACAGAACAACUGCCUCAGCCAACCUCAUAAUUAUCUGGUCUGAAAGACGGAUAUUAUUGCUUACUGUGAAUUUGCAAGUCACAACCAUGACCAUACAGAAAUAGUUAUCUAUACAGAAUUGUCUAGCCAGGCUUCUUUGUGUACAAGAGUUGACAACAUGUUUCAUCUAUAUAAUUUGAUGUCAUAUUCCAAAGUAUUCUUCCUCUAAUUCUUAAAUAAACUCAUGCAGCGCUGAGUUUAGACAGAACAGAAGUGGUAGCAUGGGAACACUGGGCUCUCCUCCUGCUGCCAUAUUUGGUCUGUGCCUGACUUCUUAGCUGAUCCUGGUUGUGGAGAGGCCUUAUUGGGUCUGUCUCAGUCCUCAGGCUCUUCUGCAGAAUGCAGCCCAGCUGCAGAGGCUCUGCAAAGUGAACAGAGGCUUAUCUCCCUAUACUCCACCCAAACAGUAUUGUUAUUGUAUCAUUAUUACAUUAACUAAUUGAAUAUCUAUAUCCCCUCUCUGCCUGUAGAUUAAGAAGCAGCAGCAAGACAUCAUGGGUUUCCUAACUGUCAACAAGAUUGACUUUGAGGAGUGUGACAUCGUCACUAGUGAAGACAACAGGAAGUGGAUGAGGGAGAACGUACCUGAGGACUUCAGACCAACGACGGGUGUCCCCCUGCCUCCACAGAUAUUUAAUGAAGAACAAUACUGUGGGGUGAGUGUUGUACUGUAAAGACCCCUUCACAGCCCGGUACCUUUUGUAACAAUUUGUGUAAUAACCUAAUGAAACACACUUAGUGAGACCGCUUCCCUUGUAUUGUCAUUGCAGAACUAUGAGGCCUUCUUUGAUGCCCGUGAGGAGCAUGCAGUGUAUGCCUUUUUGGGCCUAACAGCCCCUCCAGGCUCCAAGGUAAAGACAAUGGUCUUAUGGACAUACUCAGUCUGUCACAACCACACACAGAGUAACAUACGAAUGUGCACGUGACCAGUCCGUCUACUUUUAAUUGAUUGCUUGUUGUUUUGAAGUGAACCUUACAGUGCUGAAUUUGUAGCUUACUAAAAAAAAUAUGGUCCUAAAUUGCCCUCUGGCCCUAGCUGUAUACAGCCAUUAUAACAUGACUGGAAUGCUAUUUUUGGCCAAUGGGUAUGUGUGGCCUAAUUAACUGUUCUAUCCGUUGAGGGAAGAGUGUCGCGUAAGAGUGAUGACAUCUGACGUAAGACAAUGAUAAUCAACCCCACAGUUAGACUACAACACAAUCAGUGUAUAAGUUACAUUUGUCCCAAAAAGAAGCUCAAUGUCACGCCCUGACUCAGGGGACUCUUAUAUGUUGAGUCAGGGUGUGUAUAUUCUUUGUUGUGUAUGUUCUAUGUUGUUUUUCUAGUAGGUGUAUAUCUAUGUUGGCCGGUGUGGUUCCCAAUCAGAGGCAGCUGUCGCUCGUUGUCUCUGAUUGGGGAUCAUACUUAGGCAGCCUAUUGGCACUAGUGUGUCGUGGGAUCUUGUUCCGGUUAAGGUUUGUUGUGUGUCUACCUUAGGACUUCACGUUUCGUUUAGUUUAUUGUUUUGUCGUGUGUUUAUUAAGUUUAAUAAACAUGUACGCAUAUCACGCUGCGCCUUGGUCUGACCCGUCAUUCAACGAACGUGACACUCAAAAGCAUUUGACUAACACACGGUAGAUUACGAAAUGUAAAUUCAUGUUCUGGAGGAAGGUUUUUGUGGCAUGUUAUUAUGCUAAAUCUAUGCAAUUCAUCUCCAUGUGUUGAACACGUGUUUAGUAUCUGGUUCAACUGAGGCUUUAGCUUUAUUUUUAGAUUUCUACCUGUAGUACUUCUCUCUGAGGUCUCAGAAUGUAUGUUAAAGGGCCAUUAUGCAAUGACUGUGAGUUUUAAAGCGGCAAUCAGCAGUUGCAACAUUAACAACCCGUUUUCCCCGUCCCUGAUUCGGUAGAAAGCUGAGGGAUGGAGCUGGAGAAAUGUAACCACUCUCAAAUUCACAGACAGUGGUAUGGAUGCAAUGACUGACAAUCCAUUAUAUAAAAAUUCUAGUUUUAACCAUGUUUUGAGGCUAUAUAGUGUUUACCCUGUUUACAAACAUUGGAGUAAAACAAGCUUAUAUUUUGGGUUCUGAUGGGGUACGACAAUUGAACUAAGCUCAUAAGGCAUUUAUACAUUAUAAUCUUCAAGAAUCAACAGGUACAUAUAAUUAAUGUAUAAGUCCAAAAAUGGAUGUUGCAAAAUGCAGAUUGCCCUUUUAAUGAUUGUUUUGCUUUUUGUCCAGGCAAAAUAUAAUAAAUAUCUCACAAAAGACGAAUGCAAUACAAAUUGAUUCACAAUAACAAAGUAGUUGAUGAUUCACAAUAACAUUGUUGAUCCUACAGGGUGAGUAGUUAAUUGUAGUUAGUUGUAAGAACUCAAUGUUGCUUUGAAUUCCCAGGCAGUGUUUCCUCUUUUACCAUGUAUUUCACAGCACUGUUGCACAAUAUAGAGGCAAUGAAUGCUGACCUGCUUUUAAGCUGCAAGUCCAGACUGUUCUGUUGGCUACUUUACUAUAUCAUUACAACACUUACACACAAUUGUGGUUUUAAAAUGACAUAAACAUUUUGGUGGAAGCAUAAUUACAGUUGGUCUCAACCCUGGUUUUGUAUCAUUUUCUUAGCACUGUUUUCAUACCACCCACAGGAAGCAGAGGCCUUGGCCAGACAGGAACAACAGUAGCCGUAUGGUUUUGGUUAGCGGACCACAGUGCCCUCUCCUGGCUUCUUCCAGUCAGCUCUACAGCAGCUUGCCAGUGCUCUUCUGGAACACGUCUUCUCAGACCAAUCAUAGAGCUUUAUUUUUUGUGAAAGGUAAUCAGACUGGUAUCCAAUUGACCAACAGAGCAUGGCCAAAUGUUGUGUUGUUUGACAAUGUCUUUAAAGUGGUAACCUUGUACUGUUUCAAUAGUUCAAGCCAAUGCUGGGCAGUAUCCAGUGUUCAAUAUGAUUUUGAAAUCAAGGCGGAAUGAGUUCCCAAAUACUAGGCAUUUAGUAGAUCAUAUAGACAUACUUUGCACAUAUGAGAAUAUUUAAUUCAAUGAGAUAUUUUUCAUGUUUGAUAAUAAAAUAGUGUUACUUUA